GUUAAUUUGUUUUAAUUUAGAAAUUUUAAACUGGUAAAUUAACACUUAAGUCCCCAGGAUUCCACAUUAUGGAAUCCUAUAUUGUAUUUCAUUGUUAUAUAGAAAUGUAGUAUUUUUUAUCAUUUAGUUAAUAGAAAUAAAUAAUGUUUUUAAACUAUUAAUAUCAUAAAUUUGACGGGUUUGCUUUUGAUGAAAUCUAGUAUCGACUUGAUACUUCAAUCUUUAGGUGAACUAUCAAAGAGGAAGAUAAAGAGAUAUGCAAACAUAUGGUCCACAAAAAUAUCUGAUUUGUAUCUAGUUAGGAGUAAAAUAACUAAGAACCAUGUUCCUUUUAUGUCAAAAUGCUUUUUAAUUAAUAACCUUUUAAAUAAUCAAGAUGUUAAAAACAUUUUGAGGUAUUCUGCCCCUUUGAUAAUUGAUAAAAAUGGGUUUUCUGUGGAGGAGUAUUCUCUAAUGUCGUAUGUGUACUCUUGUAUUGAUGAAGAUGCCGCUUCUGAAACUAUUCUUUUAAAUAACUAUUCAAAGGACUCUAUUAAAUCAUCAUCUUAUGAUGAGUUUUUGCCAUUUCUGAGCACAUUUUCACUACUACUAAGCAGAAGAAUCUUUGGUAAGGUUAAUCCGGACUCUAGGGGAGUCCAAGAUAUCUCAAACGAUCUCAUGGAGUACCUCUGGGAUAGGAUUAACCAGAUUAACGCUAAUUGUAUUUCUGAAAUUGUAGAGUAUAUGAAGUUCUCAGAAAUCAUUCUUGAGUCUAUUUUUAUUUCAAAUUUACUAGAUAAACUUGACAAAGAUGUAUUAAAUAACAAUAUCAUUGAUUAUGGCUCCAUAUUCUCCUUUGUUAAAAUUUCCCAACUUUUAUCACCUGAGAGGAAGAACUACGUCAUUGAUAAGAUUUACAGCUCAGAUUACAACACGAUUCUCGACGCACUUAGGAAAACAUAUUAUUUUAAGUUACCUAACUUGGAAUUUACUGAACACCUGUUCAACAGACUGUGCAACACUCCAGCCAAGUCGACGAUGUGUAGAAAGGAGGCUUUGGGGUAUCUAGAUAAUACGAUUUUGGACCUGGAAGGGAAAAUUAGGUCUAAAUCUGGGGAUACUGAGAACUUUUCAAGACUUCAUUCACACCUUAAAGCAAUCAAAAGCUCAUACGUACUGGAAAAUCCACAUAGAUCAAGAGUCAGAUGGAACUACCCAUGUUUCAUAGCAUAGACUGCAAAUACCAUAGACUGAAGAUACCACGAAAUGUAAUAUACCGAUAAAUAUAAUGUACAAAAAACAUUUACAA